AUCUUUGGCCGCCUCGCAGCGCGCGCGGCCGCUCUCUAGAUCUCUUUUGGAUUUGAAAAGCAAAAAGUUAAUGGCUCACCGUGAGAACUCGCCCGACUUCUCGCACCCCCUGCGGGUGGUCGACGACGAGGACAGGGUGCAGCAGAUGGCCCUGCUGGAGGUGCCGGGCAACGGCAGCCGCAUCUCGCGACAAUCGUCGGUCGCCUCGUCCCUUUCCGACCUCGCCGCCCCCAUUUACUCCAGGAACAGGAGGGUGCACCAACAGGGAUUCAAUGGGCGUCUGGCGUUUGCGAUCUCGGCCGCCGCCCUAGGCUCAGCCUUCCAGCAUGGCUACAACACCGGAGUCGUAAAUGCUCCUCAAACGCUGAUUGAGGAAUGGAUCAGCUCUGUGCAGGAAGCCCGAUCGGGUGUGGUCCCAGACCAGCAAACUGUCACCAUGAUUUUCUCGCUGGCCGUGUCUCUCUUCUGCGUUGGCGGGAUGCUGGGCGGUUGCAUCACAGGCCUCGUUGCUGACAAGUUUGGACGCAAGGGUGGUCUGCUGAUCAACAACGUGCUGGUGUUCCUGGCGGCCGUGCUGAUGGGAGCGGCCAAGUCUGCCGGCUCUUACGAAAUGCUGAUCUUGGGCCGCUUCUUCAUCGGCAUCAACUCUGGUCUGAACGCCGGCCUGGCCCCCAUGUACCUGGCCGAGAUCGCGCCGGUGCACCUGCGAGGCGCCGUCGGCACCGUCUACCAACUGGUCAUCACCAUCUCCAUCCUUCUGUCGCAGCUCUUCGGCCUCGGCUCGGUGCUCGGCACCCCUGACAUGUGGCCGCUGCUGCUUGCCCUUACCGCCCUUCCCGCUAUCUUCCAGCUCGCCACCCUGCCCAUUUGCCCAGAGUCGCCCAAAUUCACCCUGCUCAACUCUGGCAAGGAACUCGAAGCUCAAAGAGGUCUGACUUGGCUCCGAGGCACCAUUGAGGUCCACGACGAGAUGGAGGAGAUGCGUUCCGAGUACGAAGCGGCUAAAUUGGUGUCCAAGGUCACCCUGAAGGAGCUUUUCAUCAACUCGUCUCUCAGGAGCCCCCUGAUUAUCUGCGUUGUCAUCAUGAUCGCUCAGCAACUCUCAGGCAUCAACGCUGUGAUGUUCUUCUCGACCAAAAUCUUCAAGAUGGCCCAAUUGAGCGACGACCACGCACAGUUGGCCACCAUCGCCAUGGGCACCAUGAAUGUCAUCAUGACCAUCAUAAGUCUGGUGCUGGUGGAGAAGGCUGGACGCAAGACCCUGCUGCUUGUCGGCUUCACUGGCAUGUUCUUCGACACCAUCCUCUUGGCCAUUUGCCUCAAAUACGCGACUGAGGCACUGUGGAUUUCGUACUUCAGCAUUGUGCUGGUCAUUUUCUUCGUCAUCAUGUUUGCCACUGGCCCUGGCUCCAUUCCCUGGUUCCUUGUUUCCGAGCUGUUCAACCAGUCGGCCAGGCCGGCGGCCACUUCUCUUGCAGUUUGCGUCAACUGGACGGCCAACUUCAUCGUUGGCAUUGGUUUCUUGCCACUGCAGGAGGUGAUAGGCGGCAACGUGUUCUUUGUGUUCGCCUUCUUGCUGGCACUCUUUGUGUUGUUUGUGCUGAAGAAGGUGCCCGAGACCAAGAACAAGACCAUGGAGGAGAUCAGCUCCAUGUUCCGUCAGCAGUCGUACCAGUAGUUGAUUCACGGGUUACAUUGUUCACAUGCAUAUAUAAAGUAACUUUGUUAAAAGAGGCAAAGAUCGCUCUCGUGUCAAAUACUCAGCAAGCACAAACUUUCGGGCCGGUCUCUGGCUGGGGCUGGCACGUAGCGCCCCCAGACUGCUGCUUUCACUACUUGUAGAGGCUUCCGAAGGCCCCUGACCGUGACCCGGCCCGGCCCAGUAGUGUUCGCCCCCCUCAAUAUUUUUUGAUGUGAUUUUCUCGAGCAAAAGACCAACCAGCGGCCGCUCGGGGAGCUUUGGCUGCUUCUCCGAGCAGCCUUUGGGUAUUUUAACAAGUAUAUAGCGAAAAAUUAUUCAUCUCUCACCUGUAUGUUUAUUUAUGAAAUCAAACGUUUUUAACCUUUAGUUGAGCAGGGUUUUAAUUAAGUCUUUAUUUUUAGAAAUUAAAAACGAAGUGCUCAGAGUCAUUGAUAGUUGCCUCGGCCGAUUGCGCAAUAUUUUCACGCUUUUGUAAUUUGAAUGCUAAUUUUAGAGACCCUGCCAAUAUAUGAAAAAGAGACGCGUAGAUUUUUAGAUGUUCCUUAUUUUUCAUAACUGAGAGCGAGUGUUGGUUUAAUUUUAGUCGAUCCGAGUCUUAAAAUGCAUUUAAUUAAUUCACUUGUGUAACAAUCGCAAUUAACAUUGAUAAGCAAUUUUAAUUCAAAUUUUUUGGGUCAGUUUAAAUUAUAAAUUAUAGCUCUCGAGAACAUCUCUGACAUUUAAUUGGUGUAGUGUUCGUAUUGAAAAAAAAUAUAUGGUUAAGUCAAAUCUUGCCCGUUAAAAGCUGGAAUAGAUGUUGUGAUUGUUGAUCUGCUGCGCUUUCUUUAUUCAGCGAAUAAUUGAAAUGUAAAAAGCUUUCUCAAGGAGACGAGCAAGUAUUUUUCUCGCUGAAGAGAAGCAAACUAUGUGUAUGUGUGUACAUUUGGUAUUUUAUCAACUGUUGUUAUAGGUAUCGUAAUAAUAUUAUUAUUUUAUGUAUAUAUUUGGAGAGUAUGUGGAGCAUCAAAGUGUCAAUAAAUGCAGAAAAAACAUAUCA